GCGCGCGCCGGGGUGCGGUCGAGCCCUGAGCGUCUACUCCGGCCAUGAGGGGUGCGGGCGCCUGGGCCCCGCUCUGCUUGCUGCUGGCCGCCGCCUCCCAGCUCUCGCGGCCGCAGCCCCAGGAGAGGCCUGUUUUCACAUGUGGCGGCAUUCUUACUGGAGAGUCUGGAUUUAUUGGCAGUGAAGGGUUUCCUGGAGUGUACCCUCCAAAUAGUAAAUGUACUUGGAAAAUCACAGUUCCCCCAGGAAAAGUCGUAGUUCUUAAUUUCCGGUUUAUAGACCUGGAGAGUGACAAUCUGUGCCGCUAUGACUUUGUGGAUGUGUACAAUGGCCACUCCAACAGCCAGCGCAUCGGGCGCUUCUGUGGCACCUUCCGACCCGGAGCACUUGUGUCCAGUGGCAACAAGAUGAUGGUGCAAAUGAUUUCUGAUGCCAACACAGCUGGGAAUGGCUUCAUGGCAAUGUUUUCUGCUGCCGAACCGAAUGAAAGAGGUGACCAGUAUUGUGGAGGACGCCUUGAAAGACCUUCAGGGUCUUUUAAAACCCCCAACUGGCCAGACCGUGACUACCCUGCAGGAGUCACUUGUGUGUGGCACAUUGUAGCACCAAAGAAUCAGCUUAUAGAAUUAAAGUUUGAGAAAUUUGAUGUGGAACGUGAUAACUACUGCCGGUAUGAUUACGUGGCUGUGUUCAAUGGAGGGGAAAUCAAUGAUGCAAGAAGAAUUGGCAAGUAUUGUGGUGAUAGCCCUCCUGCGCCAAUUAUAUCAGAGAGAAAUGAACUUCUCAUUCAGUUUUUAUCAGACUUGAGUUUAACUGCAGAUGGAUUUAUUGGUCACUACAAAUUCAGACCAAAAAAAUUGCCUACAACGACAACACCACCUGUUACUACCACAUUGCCGGUAACUACAGGUUUAAAACCCACUGUUGCCCUGUGUCAACAGAAGUGUAGACGGACGGGGACUGUGGAGAGCAAUUAUUGUUCAAGUAACUUUGUACUGGCCGGCACAGUCAUCACGACCGCCCCACGGGGUGGGAGUUUACAUGCCACUGUCUCAAUCAUCAACAUCUAUAAAGAAGGAAAUCUGGCCAUUCAGCAAGCUGGCAAGAACAUGAGCGCCAAGGUUAUCGUGGCAUGCAAGCAGUGCCCUCUCCUCAGGAGAGGUCUGAAUUACAUCAUUAUGGGCCAAGUGGGGGAAGAUGGGAAAGGCAAAAUCAUGCCAAACAGCUUUAUCAUGAUGUUCAAGACAAAGAAUCAGAAGCUCCUAAAUGCUCUGAAAAAUAAGCAAUGUUAACAGUGGAUUAUGUGUAUUUAAGCUGCAUUCUGUCAAUGCCUUUGAAAGGUUUACUUUUUCUCAGUAGGAAAAAAUAUUUGUACCAUUAAAUAUUGACCAUUCAGAAAGAUUUACUUUUAAUGAGAUGUAGGUAUUAGACUCUGAUACUGCUGAUCGCAGUUCUGUGCCUGCACCAAGGAGCAGAUAUCUAGUUGAAAACCUGCAGGUUUAGUGCAGUGAUAGGGAACUAAAUGUUGACAGUUUGGAAGCGGUUUAUUUAUGUUUCUGUAAAAGGAUAAAUUAGAAAUGUGUGGUGUGAAGAUAAGAGAUUUUAUAAGUGCAAUAUUUAUAGUUACAUUUGUUUUACCAUCAAGCCUUUGCUCUGAGGUGUUACAUUCUUCUCUUGCGUUUUUAAAUCAAAAUUUAAUAAAAUAUUUUUAAAUAACUA